ACAUAUAUAUAUAUAUAUAUAUAUAUAUAUAUAUGUGUCGUGAAUUACGUCAGUCGUCGUAAUUUUUAUGGCGGUAGUUGGUGCAGCGUUUGAUGAUUCAUGACGUGACAUGUCCAUUAGCUUGCUGAGUUGCUACACAAGAGCAUUUCGUUCUGCUGGUCUGCACAUUGCUCCUGCAUCUGUCUCAUCAAGCUGGUGGAGCUCUGCCUCUUUUCUUUCAGGAUUGUGAUCAUUUGGAAGUAGUUGACAUUUUGUCCAAAUCGAGUACACAUAGCUUGUGGUAGCAGCUUCCCUACCUUGGGCAAGAGGGUUGGGAAGUUGAGAAAGAGAGGAGUGGGAGAAGUGUGGCUUGUUAGAAAACGGGUUAUAAAUGUGUGUAGAAUUGGGCAGAGGAGAAGUCUGGUGAGUAUAUUGAGUGUCCAUUUCAUUGUUAAGAGAACCAGCUGUGUGUGCUAUCUUUGCUUUUAGCUUCAUUGGCAAGGUACCUUCUGCUUGUGCGAGGCGAUCAGGGAUCUUCGCCAGGCAGUGAACAAAACUUGACGCAGCGUUGUAGUUGAUGUGAUUCACACAAUGUCGUGACUCUUGAUAGACCGUUUUGGGUUGAAUGUUUGUGAAGCAAGGUCGUCGAUGUUGGAAAGUGAAACUGGUAAGUGUUCCGGUAUUUCCUCUGUCGAAGGAUAACAAACAAUUAAGCGCCGUAUUGUGUAAAAGAAUGAAGUCAUGUGUAAUCGCGACUCUUUGCCGGGUAGACCUGAUUUCAUUCAAAACCACAACAUCUACGUGAACUGUGUGAGUUCGGGGCCUUGAUUAGCGUGGAGGGUGCUGUUGGAUGUCCGUAUGAUCGAAUCCUAGGCGAACUCGAAGUGUCGGUUAGGACCGUUGAAGUUGUUGGACGAGUGAUUGUAAACUGCGUUUUGAUCCAGAGGCGCUGCAAUCGUAAAUUGGGUGAUAGAAGCAGAGGAAGGAACCAACAACCAUGCACAACAGCUGGCCAGGAGGGCCAAUGAGGAUGAUUAUGGACUCGGAGGCAGGAGAUGAUACUCGCAGUAGGAAGAUGGAUUUCGACAUGGCUUCUUUGAAGAGUUUAGAGGAGACGCAGCAGAGUUGGCUAUUAGAACCCGCAGCUCCUAAGGAGAAGAAGGAGAUAGACUUGGGUUGUGUGGUAUGCAGCCGCAAAAUGUUCUUCAUUCUUAUCGGUACCCUGUUCGCUGCCGGCGCUAUUGUGGGCCUGUCAAUCCUCAUCUAUAAAUUCGCUCCUCGUAAACAACAUCAUCCUCCGCCCCUCGACAACUACACUAUUGCCUUAAAAAUGGCACUCAAAUUCUUCGAUGCUCAGAAAUCUGGACAUCUGCCACCAUCCAACAAUAUCUCAUGGAGAUCGCAUUCUGGUCUAAAUGAUGGACGAGAUGCUGGUGUUAACCUCACUGGUGGUUACUACGAUGCAGGAGAUAAUAUCAAAUUUGGGUUUCCUGCAGCUUAUGCCAUGACCCUGUUGAGUUGGAGUGUUAUCGAGUACAAAAGUAAAUACCUAGCGGCGGGAGAGCUGAAUCACGCCAAGGAGAUAAUUAAGUGGGGCACUGAUUACAUGUUAAAGACCUUUACCUCCUCCUCGUCAACUGUGGAUCGUGUGUUCGCUCAGGUAGGGAGUGGAAAUACAUCCUCCCCCAAUGACCACUACUGUUGGGAAAGGCCUGAGGACAUGGACUACCCCAGACCAGCAUAUGCAGUGAGUUCUGCCCCAGAUUUGGGUGCAGAAAUGGCAGCAGCUCUUGCAGCUGCCUCUAUUGUCUUCAAAGAUACCCCAGCAUACUCUAGGAAGUUGAUCACAGGUGCAACAAACAUCUGGACUUUUGCAAGAAGAAUGGGUAACAGAGCAAGUUAUGUUGUUGGCCUGCCAGAGGGAGAAGUACCUUUCUAUAAUUCCACCAGCUACUGGGAUGAGUUCUUGUGGGGUGGAGUUUGGAUGUAUUAUGCCACAGGGAACAUCACAUAUCUUCAACUUAUUACAAACUCAGCACUUGCUAAGAAUGCCAAUGCUAAUGGUGGAGGGCCCACUUAUGGUGUGUUCAGCUGGGACAAUAAGCUCAUAGGUGCUCAGGUUCUUUUGUCAAGACUCUUGCUUGUACAAAGCCCAGGAUAUCCUUAUGAACAGCUACUCAGAGAGUACCAUAAUCAAACUCAAACUGUUAUGUGCUCCUAUCUUCCACAGUUCAAGAAGUUUGGUGUUACCAAAGGGGGGCUGACAGUAUUCAUGCCUGGGCAACCACAGCUAUUGCAGUAUGCAAUCAGUAAUUCAAUGGUUGCAUCAACAUAUGCUGAUUACAUGAAGACCUUUGAUGUGCCUGGAUGGACUUGUAGAAAUAUUUUCUACACUGCAGAAACCUUGAACAUCUAUGCCCAAUCACAGGUAAACUAUGUGCUUGGACACAACCCCAUGAAUAUGAGCUAUGUGGUUGGCUAUGGUAAGAAGUAUCCAAAACAAGUUCAUCACAGGGCUGCAUCUAUUCCCAAGACUCAAACAAGAGUAAAAUGUACUGAAGGUUAUAAGUAUAGGGAUGCAAAUUUGCCUAAUCCACAUGUAAUUGAGGGGGCAAUGGUUGCUGGACCAAAUAGAUUUGACAAAUAUGUUGACAGGCGUUCCAACUAUCAGCAAGCAGAGCCAACUUUAGCUGCCAAUGCUGCACUUGUGGGAGUUCUAGUAUCACUAUCAACAGUUACUAAAGGGGGAGUGGAUACAAAUACCAUUUUCAAUGCUAUUCCACCCUUAUUCCAAUCUCCUCCACCUGCACAGAUGGCACCUUAGGCCUAAACCACACUGACAGUAGUUCCUUCUGUAGCUCUUCUACAGUAAGUCUUUGUAUAUGGCACUUAUUUCUCUCAAUUUGUGAACUUUGAAGGAGUUAGAUCCUAGUAGAGUGUUGCACAAAGAAAGCCAUGUCAUAUCAGUUGUGUUUUUUAUUCCAAAUUUUCCACAUCCAGCCAGUUCUAAGUAAUCAGUGUUGGUCCUCUUCCUCUA